GUCUCUCCCUCUUCCCCCAUCUUCUUCUUCAUCACCACCACCAUCUUUUUCUGCCUCACUUUGACUAGUUGCGGCAAUCGAGAAGAGAAUUGAAUACGGGAGUGCGAGCAAAGUCCGUUUGUCGUCCGGACAUCACAUUCGUUGCAUACCAAGCAGUCGCUACCUAGGUACCUGUACCUGUACUUUCCCAUCCCCAAGGAAAAAAAGCUUGUUCCCAAACAAACGAAGCUCCACCACGCUCGCCCAAUUGCUCGGCCCUUGUAUCUUUUCACCACCACGCGUCGCCACAAUUCUUCUUCUCCUUCGAUCCCUUCCAUAGUCUGUUCUACAGCUUUACAAUCGUUCGCAGAACCUCAUCAUGUUCUGCAAGACAUUGGCAGCAGCUGGCUUGCUUGCCAGUUUGGCCAUUACUGCUGUCCACGCAGCUACCGCGCCAACCAUAUCCGUUUCGGGCUCCAAGUUCUUCUACAGCAAUGGAACUCAGUACUACAUGAAAGGUAUCGCAUACCAAUUGACCGAAGCCGACCCUUUGAUUGAUACUGAGCAAUGCCAACGCGAUGCCGACCUCAUGUCCACCCUUGGCGCAAACGCAAUUCGUGUUUACCACGUUGACCCGUCUGGAGACCACGAUGGAUGUAUGUCCGCGUUCGCAGGUGCUGGAAUUUAUCUGCUGGUCGACCUGGAUACUUUCACAACUGCCAUUGACCCUACCAACACCUCCUGGAACCAGACACAAUACAAUGCAUUCGCCAAGGUCAUGGACGCUUUCGCUUCCUACACCAACACAUUGGGUUUCUUCGUUGGUAAUGAGGUUAUUGCGUUGGCCAAUCAAUCCUUGGCAGCACCAUAUGUUAAAGCCGCGACGCGCGACAUGAAGGCAUACAGAAGUAGCAAGGGCUACAGAGAUUUCCCAAUUGGAUAUUCCGCAGCAGAUAUUGCCGAAUUACGACCUAUGUUGCAGAAUUAUCUUGCCUGUGGAACCAAUUCUUCCGAGACGAUCGAUAUGUUUGGCUUAAAUGCUUACGAAUGGUGUGGGAAUAAUGAUAUGGAAACCUCUGGUUACGAUACCCUCAACACAUAUGCUGAAGGCUACAACAUCCCCAUUUUCUUCUCGGAGACUGGCUGCAAUACUGUGCCCCCUCGCACCUUUGAGGACCAGAGUGCUAUCUUUGGUUCAGCAAUGAAUGAUAUUUGGUCUGGUGCCAUUAUCUAUGAAUGGAUCGAGGAGACGAACAACUACGGUCUGAUCUCCUACGGUCCAACUGUCGCUGCAACCGCGGUCGCAUCAGGAGUCCAAGCUGGAAUUUCACGAACCGGCACACCCACUCCUGUCUCGCCGGACUUCACCAACCUCCAGAGCCAGUGGGCGACUCUGAACCCAACCGGUGUUGCGAGCUCUGCGUACAGUCCCUCAUUGACCGCACCAGCUUGCCCCUCUUCUACAUCCGGAGGCUGGCUCGUCGAUGGUAACGUCAAGCUCCCAAGUCUGGGUCAGACUUUGGCUACCGGAACUUCGACCGCGGCAGUAUCAUCCACCGGCUCCGCUACCGGGAGCGCAGCAACUCCUUCAGCGACAGGCAAGAAGAGCAGCGCCAACGGCGGUAAAGAAAUCGCCGGCAUGAGCGCAGGCUUGUUAGCCGUUAUGCUUGGAUUCAUGUACUGGCUAUGAGAAGCCGCUCGUUCGUUCUUUUUCGCAUUGUAAUCUGUACAUACAGCAUGUGAAGGAUGGAAGAAAGGAAAGAAAGCAUAGAUGAGCGCAUGAUAGACGAAGCGCGGCGUUUAUAAGGGCGUUGCUUGGCUGCCCUGGUUUUGUAUUGUUGUGAUCCCCCCUACAGCAUGCGGAGUGGAGGAGAGGAGAAAGUCAAGUAAUGAUAAUAAGAGAUAAAUCAUGAUGAGAAGUCG